CACGACUUAGCCCGGUGCGGCCUGCUUGACAGUAUCAUUAUCCAAUGGCCUUCAAACCGGAUCGAAACAUCACCGACUUCUUCAAACCGUUCGCGCAACCAAAGUUCAAACGUAUAUCUGCCGGAGAGGGAAGGAGCGCGUCUGAGCCUCAGAACGCGCCUGCCGCUGCAACCACCAAGGUGCAGCAACAGACUGCCAAAUCUCGUUUCUCCAUGCCGCCCAGUCGAUCCACGUCUUCCAAUGUCCGCGACACCAAUCUUGUCAAGUCCGUAGAGACAAAGAUAAACGACCCCAUCCCUACACCGAUACCCUCGAGUCCACCUGUGUACCAUGCACCUACUUCGCGCUUCCCACGAGAGCUGAGCCCGCUCUCCUCGCCCGAAUCCAGUCCUAGUCCUCCGUCACCUCCGCCAACCAUUCCGAAGAAGCACGAAACUCUUGUUAUACCACCCAUGGAUCCCUCGGUGUCUUCUUCGUCUCUAUCGAGCCUCCCAAUCAGCUCGCAAUCUUCGAGUAAACGCGUCAUCAGAGACGGCAUGUUGGCCGUGACAAAUUCCGACUCUGAUAGCAUCGAUACUGAUUCCGAUCCCUUGGACGACAUUGAUGAACUUAUCCGAAGAAAGCGCCUGAAGAUGACCCCACCUGCUACCUCUUCAGAGACCCCGCAACGUCCUUCCAAUGCCGCACGUGAGUUGAGAAGUUCCACUCGCCGUGAGCGGCCCUCAAAUGCCAAACCAAAGAUUGCCCAACCUCCUCGGAAAAAGUACAAGUUCAGCCUGGCCUCUUUGGUGGCGUCCCACAACAAGGACGCUCAGGCAAUCCAAAAGAUACAAGAAUACGAGGAAGAGUACCAGCAAGAGAUGGAUUUGACGGCCCGUCACCAAAGAGAACUCAAGCAAGCAUCAGAUAUGAAUGCCGAAGAAUUUGCCGCCCUUCUGCAGGCAGACGAUGGCGAUGAAGAACAGCGAGAGCGUGUAGCACGAGCGAUUGAGCGUAAUGACGUUCUGGAAAAGAGGGUUGAAUAUCCAUUCUUCAGACAUGCCGACAUCAGGGCACAUACAACCAAGCUGUUCCCCGCCACGGCAGCCUCUGAAGAAGGUUGGACAAGUUCAUUGCGAGACGAGAGCGUCAGGGAUGAAUUGUUUCGAGCUGGCUUUGUGGCGGAUAUGGCGCGUGUUUCUGCUUUACCCGAUGAAGUUGUGCAGUGGAUCAUGUCUGAACUCCUUCAGGAUCUCGAGGCUAGUCUGGCUAACAGCUAUGUGAGCGCCUUGGAAAACUCUUUCUCCAACACAUCCUUUACGACAGACAGCUUGCGUAGACAGUUCCUUCUACGUGCGGGCAGAGAAGACCUUGAGCCGGAUCUCUUCUCCGAUCUGCCAUCUAUGCCACCUCCUGCUCAUCAAAGGCCUUACGUGGAGAGCACACCUGUGGACGCCAAGUGGGCAUGUCUUCUCCUUGACAGUCUAGCGAACAGAUUACACGUCGCCGAAAGGAGGAGCUGGCUUACAAUUCUGAUGCUCCUACUUGUAGACCCGCAGCUUGAGCAAAGACUUGAUACACUGUCAUCUCUCCAGACGUGCAUCUCCACUCUGCUCGAAGCUGACGCUGCGUCUUCAACAUCAGCAACAACAAUCGAACACGUCGGACAACGCAUUCGCGCACACAUCCCGAACCCAAUUCUGAUCCAACGUUUGAUUGGUCUACUACCCUCAUCUACGGCCGUGACCCAUAUGUUCAAGCGGCGAUUGGGACUGGCGUCGUUUAUGAAGUCCAACACUUAUCUCACCAACGAGCUAGACGAUGUUUCAACCAUGAAUUUGUUGUCACUAUACCUUCACGAGAAUCGGGCCUUCAAGAUACAACAGGAAUCGGACUUCCACAAGCUAGGAUCCCGAUUUGAGACGCUGGACAUAAUCAUUGGGCUAGGAACGUCACGAUUCGGGUUUUGCGGAGACGAAGCCACCAACAAGACUGAUAGUCCGAUCAGUACAGAGAAUGCGACAACGAGACAAGCACUAUCAGAAGAAGAAACUAAUUUCAAUUCGGCCAUAGAUAAAGUGGUGGCCGAAUUACGAGCGAUAGCGUUCAACAUUCGAGACUCUGGAGCAGCGCACAUGCGGAGAACAGAGUGCAAGACGGCGAUUGAGAAGCUGUCAUACAGACUGGAGUUUUCAGCAAGGACUAGGCCGAAGCCGAAGAAGGGAAUUUUCGGAGCGGCCGAAGGCGCAAGCGAUUCGAUUAGGAAUUUCGUUGCAAGACGCGAGCAAGACACGAUUAUGGAGAACGGAGUCAGCAGUAGCAAUGGCACAUAGAAGAUAUUGCUGGCGAAGGUGCGAGUUGUCAGGAACAAGAGGCACCACGGGUAGAUGUAAUGAGGUAUAUUGCGUACAAGACGAAAAUCAAAGAAAAGCGAUAUCUACAGACUGCGCUGGCUCGGGAUACCUAAGUAUGCAAAAGGACGUUUGGAGGGAAAUUAGAGAGAGGCAAGAGGAAAUGAUUUAGUCCUUGAACUUUCUGUUCUUGUUCUCGCCGAAGAGAGUGGCUCGCACGCUGGGCAGAGCCUCGGAUUGAAGCAGACGAAGACGUUCCUCGAAGGUGUUGUUGAUGUCGAUUCUGCCGGUCGAGUUGACAAUGGUGAC